AUGGAGGAUAAAGAAACUAAAGAAUCGGUAGUCCCAGAAAACAGUACUACUACUGUCACGACCAACGAGAAUGGUAAAAAGAAGAACCCAUUAGUUUUUAUUUCUGAAGGUAAUGCAGAUUUAGAAAGCCAAGAAGCAAAGGCUAAAAUAGAACAAACGAAAUUUGAAUUACAAGGUAAGAUUAGAUCUAGGAAAUCUUUGAGAGCACAAUUACGUAGCAAUGCGAUUAGUAAGAAUCGUAAAUUUAAUAAGUUAGUUAAAGAACGAGAAAGUUUUAAUAGGUUGAAUAAAGAGGAGAUUAAUUUUUUCAAACAGAUUGAAUCAGAAAAGCUGUCGAAAGAAAAGGAAACUGAAAGGUUUUUACAAAAAAAAUUGGAAAAUUUCGAUAAGAAGAAGAAAAAGCUAGAGAAGACGAAGAGUAAUUAUAAACCGAGCAUAGAAACAGUACGAAACAAUUUGGAAGUUAAACAAAAUAUUGGUGUUGUCAAAUUGAAAAACAAGAAACUCAAGACCAAACUAAAAAUCAAACUCAACCAAGAAAGGUCAGAUCAACAAACUUGA